AGAUUAUCUCACGCAUGGUCAAACAUGGAUUGGCCAGAGUAUGGUCCCUUGCCAUUUUUUCGUGGAGAAAUGUAUAUGGUAAUAUUGCAGUCGGUAUUUUACGGUGGAGUUUUUCUUGUGGGAUUUUUUGGAAACAUCUUUGUUGUAUUGGCCGUAGUGUCGCAAUCACAGCUACGAAGUACGACUGAUUACCUCAUUUCAUCUCUUGCCAUGGCUGAUUUGCUCAUUAUUAUUUUUUGCCUUCCAACCACUUUGCUCAACAAUAUUUUAACAGAGUGGCAGCUGGGUGCAUUAUUCUGCAAGUUGUCGACGUGGAUAAAUGCGACAACAUCAUGUGCAUCCAUUUACACGCUUGUCACAGUUACAGCCGACCGAUAUCUGGCCAUAUGUCACACAAUGAAGUAUACAUUAUGGGAAGCAGGUUAUACAUUGUACAUUAUAGCAGGAAUUUGGAUCGUUAGCGGUGGACUAGCUACUCCUAGUCUAUAUGGUUAUGAUGCGAUUUACUUCGACUACGAGAAUUUAACGCUGUGCGUUUGCGCAUCACGAAUAAAUGAAAAGCUCCAGUUUGUUGUGGUGAACCUUAUUUUGGCGUUCAUCGUACCUUUUUUGCUCAUUUCGGUCUCUUAUACCAAGAUCUUCUAUACUGUGUCAAAUCAUCGAAGCCUCGCUGUGGAUGCACAUGCGCGUGACGAGCGAGUGAAGCUUCGCGUGGCAACUAUGAUGCUUACUGUAAUAGUCGUAUUCGCAUUAUGUUGGCUACCGUUGUAUAGCAUCUAUACCUACUUCUUUUUCUUCGCGGAUAACACUUCGUAUGCCUUCGAAAUAGCGUCUCAGGUACUACGUCCCUUCUUCCAGUGGCUGUCUUUGUUGAGUAGCUCGCUCAAUCCAUUGAUAUACAUCGCCUAUAGUCAAAAAUAUCGUCGAGCAUUCCAUAAAAUUCUUCUGAUGCCUUGUCGAUCAAAAUAUCAGCGAGUACGUGGAACACUUCUACGUAGUACUAAAACGGAGGUUUCGGAAGGGAGCGUGUUGAAGAAGAAUUCGCCCACAUUUCGAGGCGGGAGUCGAGUGAUACGAGAGGCUUCAACUGGGCCAGAUAAGGACACGGCCAUAUCGCCAAUGAUCACCCUGAUAGAUAGUCCUCGUUCGGAGAGGAAAAGCAAUAGCUCAACGUGCUAAUAGUUCUUACAUCAAUCACAUUUCUCAUCUAACAUGGGUCCAUGCGCCUUCUUUGAUUGCCAAUGAUAUGUACAAAAUGGCAAAACGAACAUAUUUUUGGGGGAUCGGGUACUGAGCCGUAGUAUAAACGAUUAGCAGCUCACUUUCAUCUAAUCUCCACUUGCGAUCUCGACUUAUAAACUUUAGCGUUUUUCCCGGGAAAUCUUGAGUUUUUCUUCUAUAUUCCGACUAGCUGUUGUUGGAAGACAUAUUUGCAUUUCUAUCACCAUUUAGCAGCCAAAGAAAAGCUCAGUUCCUGAUUUUUAGACCUUAUCGUGUAUGUUACUAUGAAUAUCGCUUUUGCAAUUAUCAUCGCAUUGUUUUUUGGGUUUCAUAUACGCGGUAACAAUA